CCUAAAUUGUCACUUGAUAUUUGUUUACAUUCCAUAUAAAAUACAGCUGACAAGUAAAUCAUUUCGAAAAUGGAAAAACAAAAGUACAAAAAAAGAAGUUGUUGGAGUGAUAGGGCAGAAGCCCUAUUAAUUGAAUUGUGGCGGAACAAAGUAAGUGCUUUUCGCGGACCCAAGAAGAACAGCCAUAUAGUGGAAGAAAUGGCAAUGGAGAUGCAGCAACAAGGUGUGCAUUUCACGGCGAGUGAAAUAAAGUCGAAAAUGCACAACCUUUCACAGAGAUAUAGGAAAGAGAAGACAGCAGUCGGGUCAACUGGCGGUUCUCCCUCGCAGUGGCCACUUUACGAGAAAAUGAGAGCCGUACUGUUGCCGUACGUCAGCUACAAUGCCGAGAACUUAGUGGAGGAAAGUUUUCAAAGUUCUACUAACUCUGAACCCCUCCAAAUUUCGGUGGAAACGGCUGCGUCUUCUACAUUUGUUGCUGCAUCUCCAUUGUCAUCACCGGUUUGCCUACCAUCGCCCUCAGCUAUGCCGAUGUCGCCAAGCGAUAUUUCUUCGGUACCAGUACCGUCUCCCGAGCCGAGUGAUGCUAUCAAUAAAAAAAGGAAUAAUUUUCAAACCAUAAUUUUAAAAAAAUUUGACCAAAUAGAAAAGCAGCUCGAAAAAGCAAAUCAGCAAUCCCUUGAAAUCAGCAACGAAAUAAGGGACUUGUCAAAAAAAAUGGUUGAAAAUGAUAACAAAAAAACAGACAUUGUGGAAAUCAAUUACCUCGAAACCAGUCACCAAUUCGGUUAUAUUUUCUCUGUUUAA